AUGUCGUUGGCAAUGGAUAGAGCAUUGAUGGCACUGUCACUAGAUGAAGAAGAUACCCCUUUCGAGAUGCCAGAUCUCCCGGGAUUUAGCUCAGCGGAAGAGAACAAGCUCAGUCUGAUGGGAAGGCUGCUUAACCCCGACCGUCAGAAAAUGUCCACCCUCAUCAUUCAGUUGCCCCGUAAGUGGCAGAAGGAAGGUCGUGUCAGAGGUAUAGUCCUCUCUCGUGAGAGAUUCCAGUUCAUUUUCAACUCUGAACAUGAUCUACAAGACGUCCUUGACAAAGGAGUUCAAACCCAUAACGAAUGGGCUAUCGUUCUGGAGAGAUGGACGGAAAACCCACCGGAGGAUUUCCUGCAAUACAUACCGUUGUGGGUUAGGAUUAGCAACAUCCCGGUGAACUACUACACGGUUGAGGCUCUAACCACCCUGGGUGACUUUGUCGGUAAAGUCGACCUGGUGGCUUAUGACCCUACGAAGCCAAUAACUCAAGAAUAUGUUCGAGUUCAUGUGAAGUUUAACGUAGCUCACCCGCUCAGGAUGUCAAAGGUGCUCACUUUUAAAGGGAAAUCGGCCACCAUUCAUUUUAAUUAUGAAAACAUUCAGAAGAGAUGCUUCACUUGCCACAGACUCAACCAUGAGAAGGACCUUUGUCCUUUGGAGAUAAGGAAAAGGCAAGAAGCAGCAGAGCUGAGAAGGAGCAAAGUGGUCUCAAACCCUACGGUUAGGAAGCCAGUUCUUGCCGAUGAUGAUCCCCUAAAAGGAGUGUUGUCUGAGUAUCAAGUUGGCAUAAACCCUGCAAAUGGAAGACCAAGAAUUGCAAAGGAAGUGUUGGAAGAGAUGAGAAGAUACCUGAUAGCAGAUACGGGGGAGGAUCGAGUGAUCAAAGAGUACAAAGUUAAAAAAUCUGUCAGUGUGGCUGAGAGUGACCCAAUAGCUCAAAAGCUAGUCCUCCAACUGGAAGCACCUCCUCUGGUCACUAAAGAGCUCAACAAGGGAAAGGGACUGGUGUUUGACUACUCUAAAAAAGAUGCAUACCGCUCAGAGCCUGAGAAGAUCUCCUCGGAGGGGAAGCUGAUGGCGGGUGCUAUCACAGCCUAUCAUCAUUCUGCUAGAAGCGAACCAGAAGCCCCCAGGGGUUUAAUCCAAGAUGAGAGUGAUGGAAGCUUUUCCUCUUUUUGUCCUAACUAUCCAACGGGUUUCAGUUCUGGAUUCUGUGAGUCUGGUUCUGCCGGGAUAGUGGGGAAAAAACAGUACCAGAGGAAAAGACCCCCUAGAGCGAGAAGGGCCCAAAGGAAACUAAGCGAAGAAGAAAGGAAUCUACUUCUAAGCGAAAACAAGAGAGAGGGCAAGCAGGAGGUUGGAAGUAAGAAACGUAAAUGCCUAAGGGAAGAGGAGGAAUGCAGUACCACAAACAAGGCACCAUGCCUUAAGGCGAUCCCAAGUGAGGGAUUGCCCAAUGCCCAAUGA